AUGGUAUUUUGUAUGGAAAACUUCUGGAGCAUAGUUCCAUGCAGGAGUAAAAGAGAGGAGAAGGUUAUUAAAAGUACCUAUCUAAAGAGCUAUGAGGCAACUCAAAGUGAAUGUGAAUCGGAUUUUUUUUCCGAUAGCGGUGGACUUGACGAAGCACGUGGGAAGGACAACUCCCGACGGAUGAAAAGAAAUGAAAGAAAUAUUUCUAAAAAAAUCCGGAAAACAAGUUCUAGCAUGGUUUCAGAGCCAAGAAUCGAUGAAAAGAAGAAACAAAAGCCAAGGACCAAUAGUACUGUGAGUAGCGAGGAACUUUGGAGUGGUGAGGAUGAAGAAAUAGUUGAUCAAACAGAGUCUUUCAGCGGAUUCAAAGAAAGGAAAAGAGAUAGGAAUAGAAGAGGGAAGUCGGAAGGUAAUAGAGAAGUCUCUUCAGAGGAUUCACACUUUGAAGACAUCCAGGGCCCGAGGAGAUCUUCUAGGACAAUAGAUGCAUCUGCCAAGAAGACCGAGAUACUUGAGAAGUAUAGAAGUAGGAUAUAUCGUGACAACAAAAAAUCCCGCGAUCCCGAGGAUAUUUCAAGGGAAUCUGGAAUCGAAUCAAACGAUUAUGGAAAAGAGGAAAGGUUUUCUAAGUCGCAAGGGCUUAAUAGAUUUGGAGACUCCAAAGUAAAUGAAAGAGAUGCCCGCAACUUUGAUGAUAGCGAAAGCGAAAUCAACUUUAUAAUGGACGUAUACGACAAAUCAUCACUGAAUAAUAGCUUGAGAGAAAAGAUGUUUGAAUACCUUAACCAAAUAGGGAGGAAAGGAUAA